GACAUCCAAUGGGCUUUCGCCACUUCACCGGUUAGCCUGUCGUGGAAAAUUAAAACUCUGUGUAACUGAUGAACAAACAGUUGUUUAUGGUUUUGAAUAAAAUCUGUAAUCACAUUUUUAUAUUCUAGUUCGAAACAAAUAAUACAGGCUCAAUUUUUCAUGAUGUACUGGUUAUCUAGAGCAAGCUUGGUGAUUAGCUUUGUUGUUCUUUUAAACAGUCAAAAUGCUGAUGCAGUAGCGGUUAUGUCAAUUGACUUAGGUUCAGAAUGGAUGAAAGUUGCAAUUGUUUCGCCUGGUGUACCUAUGGAAAUAGCUCUUAACAAAGAAUCCCAAAGGAAGACACCUGUGGUUGUUUCCUUCAGAGAUGGAGAAAGGUUAUUUGGUGAUCCUGCUGCAGGAGUGGGUGUUAGGUUUCCAGACAAAGCCUAUGCUUACUUUUUAGAGUUAUUGGGGAAGAAAGUGGACAACCCUAUGGUUCAGUUGUUUCAAAAGCGAUUUCCCUACUAUACAGUUAUACCAGAUGAGAGAAGGGGAACAGUUGUAUUGAAACAUCCUGAAGGCAUGUCCUUCACUCCUGAAGAACUUGUAGCUAUGGUGUUUAAAAAUGCACAAGAAAUAGCAGAACAUGCUGCAGGCCAGACCAUUAAAGAUGCAGUUAUAACGGUGCCAGUGUACUUUAACCAGGCUGAGAGAAGAGCAGUACUUCAUGCUGCAAAUAUGGCUGGCUUGAAGGUGUUGCAGUUAAUUAAUGAUAAUACAGCAGUUGCUCUGAACUUUGGUGUGUUUAGAAGGAAAGAUUUCAAUGAAUCUAUGUUUAAUAUAAUGUUCUAUGAUAUGGGAGCGAGCAGUACAGUUGCAACAAUUGUUACUUACCAACUUAUAAAGUCUAAAGAAGGAAGAUUUGUUGAGACAAACCCACAACUUACUGUUAGAGGAGUUGGCUUUGAUAGAUCUCUUGGUGGACUAGAAGUUCAGCUUCGUCUCCGAGACCAUUUAGCAAAAUUAUUUAAUGAGCAGAAAAAAACACCAAAUGAUGUUUUCCAGAACAAAAGAGCACUUUCUAAGUUGUUUAAAGAAGCUGGAAGAUUAAAAAAGGUUUUGAGUGCAAAUCCAGAUCAUUAUGCACAGGUGGAAAGCCUCCUGGAUGACCAAGACUUCAGAGCUUCAGUUACAAGAGAAGAUUUAGAGAGACUCUGUGCUGAUGUUUUUGAAAGAGUUGCAAACCCUGUUAAGAUGGCUUUGGAAGUUGCUGGCAUGACGAUGGAAGAAAUUGAUCAGGUUGUGUUAAAGGGAGCUGGAACCAGAGUUCCCAAAGUGCAACAGAAGCUACUAGAAGUUGUUGGAAAAUCUGAAUUGGGAAAAAGUAUUAACACUGACGAAGCUGCUGCUUUAGGUGCAGCUUAUCAAGCUGCUCAUCUUAGCAAAGGGUUUAAAGUGAAACCAUUUAACAUUAAAGAUGCAAAUAUAUAUCCCAUCCAGGUAGAGUUUCAAAGGGAGUUUGAGCAAGAUGAUGGUUCAAUGGGUGUAAAGAUGGUUAGUCGUAUUUUGUUUAGCCGUAACAACCCUUUUCCUCAGAAAAAGCUUAUGACUUUCAGUCGUCAUGUAAAAGAUUUUGAGAUUUCAGUUAAAUAUGCAGAACUAGAUUUCCUUCCUGAACAAGAGCUCAGGAGCUUGGGUGAUACAAAUCUGUCUCGGAUAGGCUUAAGUGGUGUAUCUGGUGCUCUUGACAAACACCGAGAAGAUGGAUCUGAAUCGAAAGGAGUAAAAGCUCACUUUAGGAUGGAUGAAAGUGGAUUGCUGCAUUUAGAUCAGGCAGAGGCUGUGUUUGAAAAGAAGAUUCUAGAAACAGAGGAAAACAAAGAACAGGACUUUGAAUCAACUCUCUCCAGACUGGGAAGUACAAUAGGAAAGCUAUUCUCUGGGUCUAGUGGAAGUGACCAACCAACUGAAGAACAAGAUCAGCAGGAAUCACCUAAAAAUGAAACGGAAGACAAGCCAAAGUCAGAACAACCAGAUCAGCAAGACAAAACAGAGAAGCAAGACAAGGAAGAUCCAGCAAAAGUGGACAAGCAGUCAAAAGAGAACAAAACUGAAGAAUCCAAAGCUGCAGAGAACAAAACAGCUGAGGAACAGAAGAAAGUACCCAAGGUUAAUGUUGUGAAAGAACACAUCUCCAUCCAAGAGGUCAAACUAGACCUUAGUGAUCUGUCGGAAGAUGAAUCCAGAGCCAGCAGAAGCAAGUUGCUGGAACUAGAUGAAAAAGAUCGUGACAAGCUUCAACGAGAUCAGGCUAAAAACAAUCUAGAAUCUUUCAUUCAUGAGACGAAACAUAAACUUUAUAUGGAAGAGUAUGAAAAGGCAUCAACAGCAGAAGAAAGGGAUGGUUAUUUUGUAAAAUUAAAUGAAGCAUCUGAAUGGUUUGAAUAUGAAUCUGAUGCUGCUGAAACAAAGGUAUUUAAAGAUAAAUUGUCAGAGCUGAAAGACACAAUGAAAGAGCUCUUUGAUAGAGUGAAAGAACACAAGGAACGCCCAGAGGCACUUAACUCCCUGAAAGAAAUGUUAAACAUCAGCAGAGUAUUUUAUGAAGGAGCCAAGAACUUGAGUGAAGAGGACCAAAUGUUUACAGAAGUUGAGCUUAGUACUCUUGAAAAAUUAAUAAAGGAAACUGAAGAGUGGAAAGAGAACAGUGAGAAGGAACAAGCUGCACUACCGUUAUACGAGAGACCUAAAUUAACUGUUAGAGCCAUAGCAGAAAAACUUGCAUCUCUUGAUCGAGAAGUGAAGUACUUACUUAAUAAAGCCCGUGUUGCUACACCAAAGAAAAAGAAAGAAACGGAGAAAGCAGAUUCUAAAGAGAGCACUGAGAAGCAACAAGAAGAGAAGGAAACUCAGGCAGAAACACCAGACUCAGCAAAAGAAGAGAAAGAAGCGGAAAAAGAAGAAAAAGAAGAGAAAUUAACUUCUUCAGUUAUUGAAGAAACAUUACAAUUGGAUGAUGGUGCUGACCGUGUAAAAGAAAAUCCUAGUGAUGGUGAUUCAGAAAAUCAAGCACCUAUCACUGGUGACCAGACCCCACGUCCUGAGCUUUGAGUUAGGUUAUUUAAUAGAAAAAUUGUCGUAAUUUAUCAUAUCCAUUCUAGUGCAUUUCAUGUUCAAAGCUUACCACAUAAUAAAAACAAUUACAAAAAACCCACUAUAUUUGUGGAAAUAAGUUGUGAGAAUCUGUAUGCAGUCCAUGACAUCUGGUUGCAUGUGUAUAUCUGGAAUUAGACAAAUGCAUGCAGUGUUGGUUAAUUUUAGGCAUGUCUCUCACUGAUAUGUAUUACAACAGUAAAACCUUGCAUUCCUUAUAGUAUUAUGUAUGAAAAUUUUAAUAUUUCUGUUUAAAAAGAUGGUAUCGGUUGUUAAUAAAGAAUUUAUUCAUCAUAAACCAUAGAAAUUCAAACCAUAGUGCUUUUUUUGUAAUAAUUACAAAUAGUUUAGCAUGUAUUUUUAUGCUAAAAGACUUAAGCAAUGAUCAAUAUUUCAUUGUUUUUUUUUUAUGUUUCUAAUGUAUUUCAGUACAUUUAUUGAUAAAUGAUACUAAAGAACUUUCAGUUUUAGAUGAUAAUAGUUUUGUCAAUGAAAAUUUGAUGUUGAACAUUUAGGAUAUCAAAUUCACUUUUUCUUAAUUUUCCUAGAUAUGUUUCCAAAGUUCAUUUGACCCUAAAUGAGUGUUUAUUUGUAGGUUCAAAUUAAUAUCUUUGAGGAGAUGUUUUAAAUAAUUUGUAAUCGUACAACCUGAAAUAUUUUCAACUGUAAUUGUUCAAAAAGACAAACAUGGAUUUCAGCACUAGCUGAUAAAUGUUAAAAAGUUAACUUCUAACUUGAGGUAAACAAAAUGUGUGUGAAUUUUGUAAGUUAAGUUUUGAAGUACAAUAUUUGGUAAUUUAAUGUGUGUAAUAAAAUGUUAAUUUAUCAGAGAAUGUAUUGCACACUUACUUAGUGGAAAGAAAAUAUGUCACUCAGAUUUGUAAAGCAAGUUUUCUGGCAUGCAGCUUCAAUAUGAUAACUUCUCUUUUUUUUCCUUCUUCUAUGAACCAAUUCCAAAGAAUUUAAAUUAUUUUAAUGAGUUAGCUACAUUACAUAACAUUGUUUUUCAAGUUCAGUCAACGUGUUAAAUUGAACAGUGAAAUUCAUUGUACUAACACAUGCUGCGUUGUAAGAUAAAGCAUAAAAGCAUUAUCAGUUAAAAAAAAUUUCUGAUGUUAAGAACCAUGAUUAGAUUUUACAUUUGAAUUGUUUACGUGAAAACAUCAUAAGAUGCUGUUUUUGUUUUGUUUUUUUUAACUUUGGCAUCAGUUGCACUACCUAUUGUUUUCAUUUUAUCAUCUUUGGAGGUUAAAUAAAAGAUGUUGUCCAAGUAA